GUCCAGUUAUUUUUACUUAGCAUUCUUUUGUGCAAAACACUUCCAGCGAAAAAUUAAUUGACAAAUGAAAUUGACAUCAAAUGCAUCACGUGGGGCGUGACGAACUCACGCAUGCUCGAUGGAAAAGAAGACAGUUUCAUAAUUCAGUUUUCUCUCUCAAUUGGCGAAGGAGACAACUGCUUGCAGGGUAAGAGUUCACACACGCUUAAAGUUCUGACUGGAAGGUGGAAGUGCCAAUGUUUUCUUCGGAGAAAAGUCCAAAAAUGGUUCCGCCGGACAAAUGUCAUUCGCAAUCCCCUGGAAAGGUGGAGCUGGACAGUUGUGGCCUUGGCGGGAGUAGCGGGAGCUGUUGUAGUGACCGUACCUGCUGGUUUAGUUCUUCUGUACAGGAAAUUGAUGGGCGACGAACGGCAUUCGCUGGCCGUGGCAGUUGGUGGCCUGGGGUCAUUUACAGUGGCUACCCCUAGUGCCUUUGUAGCAUUAACAGCCGUCGUCAUGGUGUGUGGAGCCGUAAUCGUAAUUGCAGUGGAGCAUAUCAGGUCGAAGAAGUGAUUUAAUAAAGUUGAUUGGUGGACAGUACAUUUAGAGAAGCAGCAAUGUAGAGAACAAUGUGUUGAGCUGUCUUCGUAGUUAAUUUAGGAUUUCCUCACAGUAAACUGUAGCACUUUGUUAUUCUGUAAAAGGGUUUUAAAGUGCCUAGUAACAUACUGAAUCAAGAAUAUCUCUAGAAAUAUUGGAGCGGUGUACAGAAAUGACUAACGGCCUUUUAGUAAAGCUUGCAAAUCACGGCACUAUUCAGCCAUAUUAUAUAAGAAUACAAAUGCUAAGCCCAUCAGAUUGCAGCACUUGCAUUAAUCUACACUUAAAAUUCAAUAAACAAUAUCAGUACUAUU